AAUGAGACUUAGCCAUUAGUGAUGGAAAACACCAACGUAGUUCUAUUGCUUUGCUUCAUUCUUAUGGCUAUUGCUAUGCCAAUAGCUCAAGGAGUUGUCUUAGGACCCAAAGCUGUUGAUCAAUGGUUCCAGAAGCUUCCUAAUGCAAAGCAAAAGGUGACCAAAUUUCAUUUCUAUUUCCACGACAUUGUGAGUGGGAAGAAUCCAACUGCAAUUUCAAUAGUCCAGCCCAACAUGACUACUAAUAAAUCCCCAACUUUCUUUGGUUCUGUUGUAAUGAUAGACGACCCACUAACAGUUGGGCCAAAGCCCAAUUCGACGAUAGUGGGUCGAGCCCAAGGAAUUUAUGGUUCAGCUGAUCAAAACGAGUUUGGUCUGAUCAUGGCACUUAACUUUGUGUUCACCACUGGCAAAUACAAUGGGAGCACACUGAGUGUUCUUGGUAGGAACCAACCAUUUCAUAAGUACCGUGAAAUGCCGAUCAUUGGUGGUUCGGGGAUUUUCCGAUUGGCUCAGGGGAUUGCCACCGCGAAGACUUACCGGAUGAAUAUGAACACUGGGGAUGCUAUUGUUGAGUAUAGUGUUAUAGUCUUGCAUUACUAAUAUUUGGUGCUUUGCUUUUUUAUUUUAUCAUUGUUAAGAGGUCUUGGAUCAUCCUAUUUAAUGUCUUUUGUUUUCUUAGUUUGAUUUUUUUUUUUU